CGUGCCGCGGCGCCGCGGCGCGGCCCUCCCCCCUCUGGACGGCCCCGCCGGGCGGGCAGCCCGGACAGCCGCUGUCUCGUGCCCUUUUUCCUUCCGCGGGAUCUCCAGGGCGCCUGCCGGGCGGGCGGGCUCCGGGGGCCAUGACCGGGGCCGCCGACGCGCGGGACGCCGGGGCGUGCAGCCCCCCGCGGCGCGACGGCGCGCCGUCGGCGGUGUCCACGGGCGACCAGAGUGCCGCCACCGCCGCCCAGGCGGACGCGUGGCGCGCCAAGCUGGCCGAGGAACUCGGUGAGUGGAGCUGGCCAGAGCGCUGCCUUGGCAGGGGUUACUGCAUCGAGGUCCUCGUCACAGAGGACGGCUCCACCGACGCCGCGCAGGGCAGGUGGGUGGACGCCGUUCCCCAGCAGAGGGUGGUCGACGAGGCGGGCAGGGACGCUUACCUCUGCGCGGAGUACGAGUGGGACUCGGACCCGACACCUACCGGGAGGACUUCGGGCCCGAGAGAGUCCGACCCGCGGGGUCCCUGUACUCCGUCUACGAGCAGCUGCGGCGGCAGCGCGCGCGAGAACGAGGCCGGGCGAAGCCGAAGCCGCGGCCCAAGCCCGUGGUUGCGCCCGACAAGCUGCUGCCGCAGGAGGCCACGUGCGGGCUCGCGCUGGUGGCUGGAACUUGUGGCCGCCGCGGCGCCUCGCUGGGGAGAGCGCGGCCGCUGCGAGGCCUCGCCGGGGGCUUCGCAGAGAGAGCGGUCGAAUUCAGGGGACUCGAGCUGCGAGGGCGGGCGGCACGGGCAGCGAGCCGAUCCGGCUCGCCUCGCACCGGCCCGAGCACUGCACCGGCGGGCACCGGCCGGCAGCCUGCCCGAUCGCUCGGUCUCGGCCCCCGGGUGCGAGGGGCAAGGGCUCCCUCGAGGGCGCGAAGUUAUUCGCGCUUCGCGCUUCGCGGUCCUCGUUCCUUCUCCCCCU